AUGUGGUCCGAUAUCACAGCUUGCGCUCUGGUUAAUGGAACCGGUAUUUUGGUUUAUUCUCUAUGUGAUUCUUGUGCUAGUACUAUUACUAUUCGGAAUCGCAAAUAUCGUUCAAAGUUCUGCACUUUGUGUGAAAAACGUACCUUUGCUCUGAAGUAUCCUGCACAUGCUCAAAAAUACCCAAUUACGUUAUACGUGCUACCGUGUGUCCUCACCGGACGUGGCGCAAGUGUGACAGUUGCAUUGGCACCCUGCUGCCGUCCAUCAAUCACCAUCAGUAAUGAGGUUCUUGAAUACGAUUUCUGUGUCGAUUGUCAAAAACGAACAAUCUUGGCAAAAUUUCCUAAACCAAUACCGAGAAUCUUGGCUAAUCAUCAAUCAACUUCGACUGAACAAAAUGAAUUGUAA